AUGACCCCCCUUGUAGGCUUUGUUAAUUUCGCCUCUGAUACUAACACCUCCAGCAAGGAGGUCUUGAUACCUUUGAUGCCUUACCCAUUGAGAAGCUCUAAGAGUAAGCCAUUGGGAAUGGGCUACGGGUUCUUCGAUACGUUGGAUGAUGCCCGAGGGGCUGUUGACGCGUUGAACGGUUCGGAGUUCAAGUUGAGAAAGUUGCAUGUCCGCCACCACGUUCCUCAUACGCCUGCUUCAAGAAACAGAGCCUUCAAGGAUUUUGGAAGGUUCAAAGAGAACGCAUUUGGCAAGGAGAAUGAGGAGCAGCCCGUGUCGCAGAAUAAGGAGGUAAGUGCUGACGCAGGUGCCGAUAGCGUCUCGCCUCCGUUGGAAGACGUGCCCAAGAUGAAGAAGCCACACAACCCUGGCUUUUCUAGCAGCUUGAAAAUUUUCAAUGGGUUGAAGGCAAAGGCAGAGGCUGCUAAAGCCAUCACGUCGACGGUGGAUGAUGUUGGCGGUGAUGGUGGUGAUGGCUGUGAUGGCGGUGAUGGCUGUGAUGGCGGUGAUGGCGCCGAGGUUGAAAAGACGGCACACCCACAAUUGUCUCCAACAUCAAAAGAAGCCUCGGACAAACCACCGGUACCUCCUCGCCAUAAGAAAGGCAAGCUGUCUGCAAGGGAUGGCGCUGCUGUCAGUGACGAUCCUAUUCACAAGGACAAGAAGCGCAUUGUUGACGCCGAAAGAAAGCCUAUUCUCUCAACUGAUACAAUAUUUGUCCGUGAUUUGAGAGGGUAUGUCAAGCGAAAUGUACUCCACGCCUUCUUUCAAAAAUUCAACCCUGUCAAGAUUAAGGUUUACAAUCGUAAGCGUUUUGGAUGGUCCAAAUCGACCAACGCUUUUGUCACUUUUGACUUUCAGGAAGGCGCCACUUUGGAACAAGCCGUCAAAGAGUAUCACGGUAAAGUAUUUAACGGCUGUCCCAUAAGAGUGGAAGCUGCAUUUGCAAACAAGGUGGGAGCUGGCUCUCCCAUUCUCAGUGAUGAAAGCGACGACGGUGAUGCAGCUCAGACCAACGCUACCGCCGAGCAAGCUACUAACGCAGUCCAACCAACUGUUGUAGAUAAUGAGCCUGAAGCUACGUAUUCUCCAGCUAAUCAAGCUGAUGGUGCCACGGUUGCUAGAGAUGCAGAGGAAGUGGUGCCAGCCACACUUACGGAAACCCCUACCGAGACAGCAUGUGCUGGGGCAGCAUGA